GAUCAGUCAGGCAUGCUGCGAAUGAUGUGAUCGGCCCUGUUCGUUUCGCCUCCGAACAACGGCGCGGGGCAGAAAACGCCCCCUCUCAGCUUCCCAAUACCUCCCGGUGCCCUCGACCGCUGUAGAAUCCGAUCAAAGGGCAUCAUAACCCGCCGGGAAUACCAAUCUAGGCCUCUCCUCUAAACUUCAAAGCAGAAAUGACCGCCAAUGUCCCCCGAGUAGGAUCGCGCGACCAGACGGUGAAAUGGUUCGACAAGACCGUCACGGUCCCCCCGCAGGCGCGCGAUCUGCUGGAGAACUAUAGCCGCGUCUCCGCGGAGGACGUUGAGAACCAUGUGAUAGCCCUCCGAGACAAGGCAUGGGAGGUGUGGCCGUACCCGUGCCUCGGGCAGUUCCGCUUCCUGGAGCUGAACCUGGCGGGCAGGGCGGACCUCUAUCCCCGGCUGGUGGCUCGCCUCAGGGGCGGGGACCGGUUCCUCGACGUGGGGUGCUGUCUCGGGCAGGACAUCCGGAAGCUGGUGCACGACGGCGUGCCCGGGGAGAACCUGGUUGGCGCGGAGCUGAAUGGGGGGUUUAUUGAUCUGGGCUAUGAGCUGUUCCGGGAUAGGGACACGCUCGGGGCUAGGUUUGUUACUGCCGAUAUCUUGGAUGGGGAAGGGGCAUGGAGGGGAUUCGAGGGGCAGAUGGAUGUGGUGCAGCUGGGCAUGAUACUGCAUUUGUUCAGCUGGGAUGAGCAGGUCAAGGUGUUUGAGCAUGCUAUCAGGGUCCUCAAAUCGGAUACGAAGGGAGCGGCCAUCAUCGGGCAGGCAACGGGGAAUGUUGAUGGGCUUCCCGGGCCAUCGUGGGAUAAGAGCACAUUCAGGCAUAACGCCGCCACAUUCACCAAGUUGAUCGACGAGGUGUCGGCUAAGACGGGGACAGAAUGGGACGUGAAGGCUUCGCUUGACGAAGGCCUGAGCAUAUUUGACGGGAAGCGUACUUGGGAUGACCCCAAGACAAGAAGGCUGCUUUUCGAGAUCGAAAAGAGGUAGAUGGACGGGACAAGACACGGAGAGAAAGCGGCAAGGCUUGCGUAGCAUCCGGAGGAGGAAAGCUCUGUAGUAAUUUCGUGGCUAUGGCCCGGCCAUUCCCAAACCAAGGGAACUAACUCUUUUAACGCCAGUCCGUUUUCCGUGGAACCCAGAGUGCCAUGCAAAGCCAAUUGUUAGUCCACCAACAGAUUAUCCCCCACCGAAGUCCCCCAGAAGGUGGUGUGCCAGCAUGACUGCAUCAGACCUCAUCCUACGAGGUCUUGGCUCCCUGAGUGGGCGUCACCUUC